UAAUUCCAGUUGCCCCAGAAGUGGAUCCUCUCUCGUUUCCGGGGAGUUUGGAGGAAGGAAGACGAACGAGUCUUCAGUGCAUGGUGUCUACAGGGGAUGUUCCCAUUUCCAUCCAGUGGACUAAAGAUGGCGAACUACUUAACCCAACAAGCCUACAGAUCACGGUCAAGUCCUUCAACCAGUAUGCUUCCACCCUGUUCUUCGAGAAGUUGAGACAGCAACACAGCGGCAACUACACGUGCACAGCGUCCAACCCUUUCGCUACUGACAGUCGUACCGCUGAAUUAACUGUCCAGGUGGAACCUAGAUGGAGUGUACAACCAACCGAUGGUGCCGUGGUUGUAGGUGGGCAAACCCUCUUCGAUUGCCAAGCAGAAGGACAUCCUCAACCAGUAGUACGGUGGAAAAAGUCUUCAGAGGUCAAGGAGAAGCAGACGUUUACUCAGGUGAUGAGUAACGCCAAACAACAGGUGUUGGAAAACGGUUCCUUAGUGAUUGUGAACGCCGUACCUGGAGAUGGAGGGGAAUAUCUUUGUCAGGCUUAUAAUGGAAUCGGUCCUGGCUUGUCAAAGGUUGUCACUCUGUCCGUGAAUGUUCCUCCACGUUUUGACACCGAUUUUAACACUAAAAUGGUGAGAAAAGGUGGCACAGUGAUUGUCGCCUGUGAACCCCAGGGUGAUAGACCCCUGACUGUAACUUGGGUGGCGAAAGAACAACUUAUCACCAGUUCUUCUCCCAGGUAGGAAA